AUGUUAGCGAACUGCGACGCGUCGCUGCUGCCCCUUCCUGGUGUGGGGUGCCCAUGUCUGGGCCUUCGGGUUGUGGACUGGAGACUUCUGCGUGAGUCUUCGCGCGUCCUGUGUUGGCUUCGGGGCUUCUCCCUCCUGGCGCGGGGGGUCUCCACCGGUCUCCACCACACCACUGCCGGCCUGGAGUGGCGCCUUCUUGACGUGCUGCCCCUGCUGCAUGAGAUGAGCGCCCCCGUGUCUGGAAGAUGGGCGCCUGCCUUUUCUGUCGAGAUGCUCUGGCCCUCCGGUGUGAGAGUGGUGUGA